AUGGCCCCGAAGAAGAAAAAGAAGCCCACUACAAACCCCGCUCGAGGCUUUGCGACAACUUCUGUACCUUCUAAAUCCAAAGCCGUCGAUGAGCCCGAUGAGGCUUUGGUCAGCGUCAAUGAUACUACCCAAGGCCCAGGCACUGACGCUAAACUCACAGCACCUGUCAAUGAUGAGCACACGGCCUCGAAAAAUGGCGAACAAGCUAGACAAGAUCUGAAGAUCCAAGAUAUGACUCCCGAGGAAUUGGAAGCUCAUCUGGAAGACUCAGAGCUGGAAGGGAUACUCGCCAGGUAUGCUACACGAUGCAUUGCUGAUGCUCGACGUCAAGUCGUAAGGCUCGAAACCGAGCGGCGUCAAUUGCGUCCGCAGGCGCAGAAAUUAUCAACAUACAGCUGGCUGCCGGAAGAGACAGUCGACGAUCUGUUUGAUGUCGAUGCCCAUGAUACGAGCCAUGUAUCAUCGGCAUCUAGGGGUGUUGAGACUUCUGUUGAUGAGGAGAAGCUCUUGCUCGACCUGUGGAGUUUGGAGAGAGUCCUGGUGUCAUUGAAAUUCCCGAGAGUCUCUCAAGCAGUUGCCCAUAUUGCUGAGACGGCUCUUUUGGGACAGCUGAGAAGGACUCCUGAAUCUCUGCCCGGUCUGCCCGAGGCUUUCCAAUGGUAUGCCUCUAAAACGCCAGAGGGCGAACUCGUGAACUAUGAACAGACCCAGGGUACACUGACUGGACUGAGUGGUGAUAACACCCCUUUCCAGAUAACAUCUGAACCGCCAACCGCCAGCCAAAGUAGACAAAGCCCAGCGUCUACGCCUGCAAGAGUCUCAGAGGCGGAGGAAGACUCAUCAUUGAGCCUAGAAUCUCCGGAGUCUGAGGAAGAUAACGACCCCGCAAAACUCACCGACAAGUCUGUUCAAAUCCAACGACUGCUCUGGGAGGCACAGAACGAAGAAACUAACGGUAUCAUGAAGGCGGAGACAAGAAAGGAAAGGCGGAUCACUAAAUUGCAUCGCAAAUUGCAACUGCUACAACGUGAUCCGCUGUUUGAUAAGCAUGAGGCAGAAGCUGCGUGGGAAACCAUCUUGACCCAAUUGCUGGCAACCCGUCAACAGCUCAUGCGAGCUGAUGCUGCAAAGCGGCGAGAGGGAAAGCGAGCCGCUGCUCACCAGAACCUUGACGAUGAUACAAAGCGGCAGGGGCCCAUCUCAGAAGACAAUGGACCAGGCGCUGUGGAGGACGAAGAUGCUAUCCUGGGCGGUAUGUUUGGAGACUCCGAAGACACCAUUGCCUCCGAACAAAAUCUACCAGCAUCAGAGAGCUCGGUCCGACUGUUAGACUUUGGGAAAUGGUCGGGUCUUUCACCAAAAAGACUCCUCGAGGAAGUCUGCACGGGACGUGAUACGAGAUGUCGAAUACAGGUCCGAACUUUGCAGCAAACCCCGUACUCUGCAAGGCACAAACUACAAAUUGUUUGGACAGCCGAUAACAUGACCGAAGCUCACACGACGACGGCAUUACCACCUGAAGUCUCUGCUCAGGUAAAUGAGCGAUUUUGGGAAUUGGAGAUGAGAAGCGUUGCAGCAGCGGGUGCUGCCCAGUCGGAGGCUUAUAUCUGUACCCUCGCCCUGUUUCUGUUGUCGACACUGGGUGCAAGCGAGCAGAAAGCAAUAGGCCGUCUGCCAACGGUCUGGAGAGAUGUGGUAAAAGAGUUGAGCGACGCCAAAGAAAUUCUCGUCAAUACGGAACGAAAGGCGACCCUACGGAGGCUGCGGGCGCUCAUCUUGGAGACAAAGGACCGACUGAAACAGCAACAAGCCAUACUAUGCAGCAAGGAGCCAUCUGAGACUCACACCGACGUUGGUGAUCGCCACCGUAUUACGGUACCUGUCUCUGCGAUUUGGAGUCCAGAACAAGUCACCAAGGAAUGGGAUAUCCGUACCUCUCGCCCAUCCUUUCGCGAAAUGCUCCAAAUCCGCGAACAGCUCCCUGUUCAUCAUUACAAAGAUCGAAUACUCUCUUGCAUUGCCGAAAAUGCAGUGAGUAUUAUCUGCGCAGAGACCGGAGCCGGCAAAUCAUCUGGAAUUCCGGUACUGCUUUUGGAACAGGCAUUCUGCGCCUCCCGAGACUUUCGCAUCCUCGUGACACAGCCAAGGAGGAUAUCGGCAAUCACUCUCGCCAGACGCGUUUCUCAGGAGCUUGGGGAGAGCCGCAAUGACAUCGGCACCAAUCGAUCACUUGUCGGCUAUGCAAUCCGGUUAGAGAGCAAGACCAGCAGUACCACUCGCAUCACUUAUGCAACCACUGGCGUGCUGUUGAGGAUGUUGGAGGAAUCCCCAAACCUCGCCGAGCUGGACUGCCUCGUUCUAGACGAAGUUCAUGAGCGCACGAUGGAUUUGGACCUGCUAUUCAUCGCGUUGCAGAAGUUGCUGAAGCGUCGGAGUACACUGAAGAUCGUCCUCAUGUCGGCCACGGUGGAUGCGAAAAAGUUCUCGGACUACUUUGACGGCGCUCCCGUGUUAGAUCUACCUGGGAGGACAUUUCCAGUCGAAGUGGGAUUUCUGGAAGAUGCACUCGAGGUUACCAAUGACCUUACUGGCGUCAAAGAGAAAGACCCGGCAAUCCAGGACGAGGAUCAAGACUUGAACGAUUCCUACGUGACCGAGAAGGGGCGACCUAUCAUUUCUGAACCAGAGAAAUACAGUAGCCAGACCCAACAGACGCUUUCCAACAUGGACGAAUAUCACAUCGACUAUGGUCUCAUCGCAAAACUCGCUGCCUCGAUUGCCAGUAAGCCACGGUACGCGAAGUACAGCAGCGCAAUCCUGAUCUUCAUGCCGGGUAUAGGCGAAAUGCGGCGUUUGCACAAUCUAUUUCUUUCAAUGGACACCUUCAGCAGAGACUGGAUCGUGCAUCUUUUGCAUUCGACCUUUUCGACCGAAGAGCUCGAACGAGCGUUUGAACGCCCGCCAAAGGGGCAAAGAAAGAUCGUGAUCGCGACCAACAUUGCCGAGACUGGAAUCACCAUUCCAGACGUGACGGCCGUGAUCGACUCGUGCAAGGAGAAAAUCAUGCGCUUCGACGAACGCCGCCAGCUCUCGCGCCUGACGGAAGGAUUCAUUUCCCGCUCUUCGGCGCGUCAGCGAAGAGGUCGGGCUGCGCGUGUACAGGAGGGUCUCUGCUUCCACCUCGUCACCAAGCAUCGUUUCGAAAAUCUGAUGCUGGAGCAACAGGUCCCCGAAAUGCUGCGGCUGAGUCUGCAAGAUCCGAUUCUGCGAAUCAAAGUGUGGAACCUAGGGUCGAUUGAGGAGACUCUGAACGCAGCAAUCGAGCCGCCCUCGAGGAAGAAUGUGCUCAGAGCGAUUGACAAGUUGAAGGACGCGGGGGCAUUAGCGAAGAACGAGGCGCUUACGCCGCUGGGCCAGCGAAUCGCGAGAUUGCCCCUGGAGGUGUUGUUGGCGAAGCUGGCGAUCUUUGGCGUCAUUUUCAGAUGCCUGGAUCCCAUACUUGCCAUCAUAUCCCUCCUGACCUCCAAGUCACCGUUUCUCCCGAUUCCAGCAUCCGGUUCGCAAACCGACGCAAGACAUAUGUUCAGUCGAGGUGACUCGGACCUGCUUUCCUCCCUGAACGCGUACGAAAGUUGGAAGAAAGCCAAAGCGGCUCGGACGGGCCAGGAGUUCUGCCGCAAGAACCACAUCAGCGACCCGGCGAUGGGGCAAGUCGAAGCGCAAAAGAUCCAGUUGCUUGUGUACCUCGUUGACGCAGGGUUAGUGAGGCUGGAUCCGGAGGAACGAGCAGCCUUGAAUCGCGCUCGAACGUACUCCGGACGUGGCGGCGGUCUUCUCCCGUCCUACACGAUCCCUGUGCGCUACAACCAGCCCGUCCCCGACCGGGCGCUCAACGCGAUCGUCGCCAUGGCGCUGUAUCCCCGUGUCCUCAUGCGCGAAGGUAAAGGCUGGCGCAACGUGUACACGAACCAGGUGGUCUCGCUCACCUCGCGAUCCGUCAACCACCCCUCCCACUCGCCCCUCACCACCCCCAGGGCAACACCGCGUUGGCUCUCGUUCUACGAAGCCAUGCAAAACACCCGCAGCGGCUCCCUCAACGUCUUUGAGACGUCCGCCAUCCCGGAGUCCGCGCUCGCGGUCCUGUUGGGCGCAGAGGCCGAGUUCAAGUUCUUUGCUGGCGUCUUGGUCUUGGAUGGCGGCAAGCUGAGGCUCUCAGUCCGGCGGUGGAGGGAGUUGAUGGCGGUCAAGAUUUUGAGGGAGAGGCUGUUGGGCACGCUGGAAAAGUGUUAUAGCAGGCCUAGCGAGGUGGGAGAGGAGGGUAGGAGGUGGUUGGAUAUGUGGUUGAAGAUCGAGGCGGCACAAGAGGCGUAA